AUGGCAGGGAGAGCUUGGCGCUGUCAGGCGGCGCUGCUGAUGCUGGUGCUGCUGGACAUGGUGGCGAUGGGGGGAUGGAAUGCGGCAUGGCAGUGGCGAACGGAAGGAACACAUAAGGCAGCACCUCUCGUGAUGGGGAUGAUGAUGUCAGCUGAUCCGAUGCGAUCCAGGGACACAGUGACGUGGAUGAGGCGGGGGAUGCCGAUGGAAGCAGGAGUUCCAGGCCUGACGCAGGACGCCGCCAUGGUAAUGAGCAUGGUUAAGUCUAGGAGAGACGUUUGGGAGGAUGUGAUGAUGGAGCGAGGAUCUUCGGUUAUCCAGCAGCGUACACACAUUACGGUGGAUCAAGGGAAAGGAGGGGUAUCCAAGGGACCAGAGUUAUGCGUCUGCAAAUGCCUAACAAAUGUUUCGGUUCAGUUCGAAUGUGCUUCCACUGGAUUGAACAGCUCAAUAUGCCCUGAAUCGAUGGUGAUGCAUUGCACCAAGGGAUCGGAGGGUUGCUUUCACUUGUUCGCGAAUGCCAGACAUGUCCUGGCCUUCGUUAGGGUAAGUGGCCCAACAGUACAGACGUUGAGGUUCCGACAGCAUCGUGACGCGUCGAUCAACAAGUACACAUGGUCAGCUCCAUACAAGAUGUGCACGGCUGGAAGGUACUUUGCUAGUGUCUACCUGGUGUUGCGUGAUGAGCGACCGGAAUCGGUGAUGGACAGCGAGUCAUGUGUAGCUGCUGAGUUUGAAACUCCACCACGCUUCAACUGGACUUUUGACGGGCAAGACGCAGAAAGCUGUGGGUGGCACUGGACAUGGCGAAAUGUGUCCGAGGCUGUUCAAACUGAUUACCCCCGGGUCUUGUCUUCAUACCUGUUCCCUAGGGUGAACCAAUCCUUGCUGCACCAUUUCUCAGAGCUACGGUAUUCUAUGCCAGCAAGUAAGUGUUCGCUUGCCGCCUUUCAAACAAGACCGAUCUGUCUGAUUGGCGACUCGCAUAUGCGAAACCUGGCGAACUCUAUUCAGGCAUUGAUGAAUGGGCAGUGCGAUGCUGAGGAGAUGCAAAAGACGCAUUCAGUGUGCAGAUUGAGCCAUGUCUUAUACUUCCCUUUGUACUACCCGCAUGAAUGGCGGUGGAACGCUGCGUAUGAAAGGUGCUACUUCAUUUGCAUCAAUGUCGGUCAAUGGUCCGCUAGCUCCCGAUCAAAACCUCCAUGGAACCUGACCAGAUAUUCUCGCGGGGUUGGAUCGCUGGUCAAAGUCCUCGACUACCUCGUGACCCGUCGACACGUCCUGCAUGUGGUAUGGCUGAGCACUCUCCCGCACACCAUAGACAAGUCGAUGGUUCGCUGUCCCCCUACAGACUGGCGAUUUCCACAUUUCAUCGAGGGAUACAACUCAGUUGCACGAAAGGAAGUCGCAUCCACAGCUGGACGGGUGGCCUAUCUUGACCUGUACAAGAUCGCUUUCAAUCUCUUUGACGUGUCUUACGAUGGAGCCCACUACCAAGGACCUGUCGGGGCAGCACUCGCUACCGCGCUGUUGAAUCAUCUUCUAACUAGCAUGAGUGCUGCAUGCAGGAUCUCAGGCAAAUAA